AUGGGUUCUGGUUCGCCGAAGAAAAUCUUCGCUAUCACCACCGUUAUUGCCUUGUUGGGCGUCAGCGCCAAUGCGCUGAGCAACACCUAUUUGCCGCCACAGGCCUCAGCUUCGAACUCAAUCAGCAGCUAUGCCGCGCCCGCCUCCUACGCUGCACCAUCCGUAUCUCAUGCUAGCUUCGCACCAGCUCCCAGCCGUCAUGUGGCACCAUCGGGUGGCUUCGCAUCAGCAGGCAGUUUUGGCGGCAGCGGUGCUGCAUCGGCUCAACACGUUAGCUACGCUGCUGCACCCUCGUUCCAUGCCGCUGCUCCAGUGGCUGCUCCACGUCCACAGGCUUACCAUGCGCCAGUCGCUGCCGCUUCUCACAACGUAGCUUCGUAUGCCGCUCCUGCACCACGGCCUCAGGUUGGAUUCGCGUCCUCGGGUGGUUUUGGCGGUUUUGGUUCUGCUUCUGGUCAGCAAGCUUCUUACGCUGCUGCUCCAGCACCACGUCCUCAGGUACAUCACGCUCCAGUUGCAGCUGCCUCAAAUGUAGCUUACUCUGCUGCCCCAGCACCACGUCCUCAAGUACAUCACGUUCCAGUUGCAGCUGCCUCAAAUGUAGCUUACUCUGCUGCCCCAGCACCACGUCCUCAAGUACAUCACGCUCCAGUUGCUGCCGCCUCAAAUGUGGCUUACUCUGCUGCCCCAGCACCACGUCCACAAGUACAUCAUGCUCCAGUUGCUGCUGCCUCAAAUGUGGCUUACUCUGCUCCAGCUCCACGUCCUCAAGCUUAUCACGCUCCAGUUGCUGCCGCCUCAAAUGUGGCUUACUCUGCUGCCCCAGCACCACGUCCUCAAGUACAUCAUGCUCCAGUUGCCGCCGCCUCACAUGUGGCUCCUGCUUUCGCUCCAGCUCCAAGACCAGCCGCUGCCUACUCCGCUCCUGCUACUGGCUUCUCCGGCGGUUUCGGUGGACAAGGCGCUGCUUCUAGCAGCCACGCCAGCUAUGCCGCCCCAGUCGGCGCUGCCUCCAAUGCCGGAUAUGGUUACUCCGCACCAGUUGCCGCUGCAUCAGCCCCACAAGUCACUUACACUGCUCCAGCACCAGCCACAGCUCCAGUGCAAUUUGCUGCUCCUUCCAACAUUCAGGAAGUUGUUGCCGCUGGCUCCUCCAACUAUGGCACUAAAUAUGCCGCCAAUGGUGGUUAUGAAUACCGUUUCAGACACAGGAACUAA